AUGCUGACGAAGUGUUCAAACAUAACGCGUGGUACCGUAUUUACUUACUUGGUUAGAUUUUGUAAGAACUCUCGAUGUGAUAAGAGUAUAAAUGUAACAGAAUUGGAGAAAACUAGAUAUAGGAAAAAGCCUGCUGGUGGUGGCCGAUAUUUGAAUGAUUCGAAGCACAUUUAUCUUUUUAAUGCCUGGGACAAUGUGGACUGGGAUGAUGAGCAAGAAAAGGUUGCAAAAGAAAAAGUUGAGCAGAAUUCCCAGAUAACAUUUUCUGAAGACCACUUGAAGUCAUUAGAAGAUGAUGCUGAUAAGCAUUGGGAUGCUUUUUAUGAUAUACAUCAAAACAGAUUCUUCAAGGACCGCCAUUGGCUGUUCACUGAGUUCCCUGAACUAGCUCCAGAUAACACAUCAGCUCCAGUAAGAGUAUAUCCUGAUGGUGAAAAUAAUACCACACAUAUAACGGAACAGACAAAAAGUGACACAAAGAGGUUUAUAUUCGAAAUAGGUUGUGGAGUUGGCAACACCAUAUUUCCUAUACUACAGUACAGUCGUGACCCAAACCUCUUUAUUUAUGGUUGUGAUUUUUCCUCAAAAGCCAUAGAUAUUAUGCAACAAAGUGAGUUGUAUGAAACAAGUAGGUGCAAUGUGUUUGUUCUGGAUGCAACACUGGAUAAAUGGGAUGUGCCUUUUGAAGAAAAUUCUAUUGAUAUCAUUGUUUUGAUAUUUGUUUUGUCUGCUAUUGAUCCUGCAAAAAUGAGUACCGUAAUCAACAAUAUGUACAAAUACUUAAAGCCUGGAGGCUUGGUAGUAUUCCGUGAUUAUGGUCGCUAUGACUUGGCACAGCUUCGUUUCAAGAAGGGCAGAUGUAUAUCUGAUAACUUCUAUGCUCGUGGUGACAACACUAGAGUGUACUUUUUCACACAAGAAGAAAUAACACAAUUAUUCCAAGAUGCUGGAUUUAAAGAAGAACAAAAUCUAAUAGACAGGAGGCUUCAAGUAAACAGAGGAAAAAUGCUAAAAAUGUACAGAGUAUGGAUACAAGGGAAAUAUAGAAAGCCUUUAUAA